CUAAAAUCCCCAUGACGUAGACUCAGACCAUCACGGAAGUGAACUAGGCGACGGAACAGGGACACAAACCUAAAUAAGUUGCUUCUCUUGACUAACAGUUACUGAUAUCCAGAAACACUGUCGUCAUGCUGGGAGGAGGAUUCAAAGGAGAGAGGCUCAGGGUUAACCUCCGGCUGGUCAUAAACCGGCUCAAACUCCUAGAGAAGAAGAAAACUGAGCUCGCCCAGAAGGCAAGGAAGGAGAUCGCAGACUACCUGUCCUCCGGUAAGGAUGAGCGGGCCCGGAUUCGCGUUGAGCACAUCAUCAGAGAGGACUACCUGGUCGAAGCCAUGGAGAUCCUUGAGCUUUACUGCGACCUGUUGCUCACUCGCUUCGGCCUCAUCCAGUCCAUGAAGGAACUAGAUCCAGGCUUGCAAGAGGCAGUGUCCACACUGAUCUGGGCAGCACCACGCCUCCAGUCAGAGGUGUCUGAACUGAAGAUUGUGUCUGAACAGCUAUGCGCAAAAUACAGCAAGGAGUACGGCAAGCUGUGCAGGAACAACCAGAUUGGCACAGUCAAUGACAGGCUGAUGCACAAACUGAGUGUGGAGGCCCCUCCCAAGAUUUUAGUGGAGCGCUAUCUGAUAGAGAUCGCCAAGAACUACAACGUGCCAUAUGAGCCUGACGCCAUGGUCCGGCCUGAAGUGUGUCCCGGAGAGGAGGCAGACCUCAUUGAUGUGGAUGCAGACAGGAAGAAUGGAGGUGGAGGAGGAGGUGGUGGUGGUGGAGGUGGUUUCUCUGCUCCUCCUGCCAUGCAUAUGCCCAUGCCUAUGCCUAUGCCCAUGCCUAUGCCGUCAGCUUUUAACUACCCACAACCAAAAGGAGCAGAGCCUUUUAACCCUUCAGUUGGGACCUACAACAGCUUCCAGCCCCCAGUGAUAGGAGGGCAGCCCCCUCAGCUGCCUACUUCUCCCCCCACAUACGAGUCUAUCGAUGACCUCCAUGACAAACCUUCUGUUCCUUCUCAGGCUGUAGGUCCCAGUCCUGCGCCUCGUCGCUCGUAUGACCACAACAAUCUACCAGAACUGCCCUCCGUCCCCGACACACUCCCCACCUCCUCCCUCGGCGGCCACACCACCAACUCGGACGACAUCGACUUUGACGAUUUGACGCGGCGGUUCGAGGAGCUGAAAAAGAAGACCUAAUCUGUGACACUGCUGGGUCCACGUACCGUCUCUCCUGGGCCAGCCAGGACAGGAAGUGGGGAAAUGUUUAAGGUUUUGAAUCAGAUAUGGGUAGUUCUCCUCUCCCCCCCUUUCACCCGUACAAAGUAAUUUUACAUAGAUUUUAAACAUAUACAUAUAUUCUUACCUCCUUUUCACAAAUAUGACCAACUUACUGAAGGUGUGGGUGCUCACCAACCAACCCUGUCUGCUAGAAAAUGUAACGUCUUUUACUGGAUGCGAGUGCCUCGUUUUAUUUCUAUAUAUAUCUACACACUCUAAAUUACAAUCAUGUUGAUGCCGAGCCCUUUUUAUUUGGUUCCAUUUAAAGUCGCACUGUCUUAACUUUUCCCAAUUAGCCAGAGCAAUUAAACGAUUUAAUCAAAUCUAGAUUUAAUUUAUUCUUUUCUACGGUUUGGGGUUAUACUAAUAUUUGCUGUCCCUGCCUUGGUUCUAAUUUUUGCAUUUUUGAUGCCACUGUGUCUCCUCGUCACGCCUCAGAGCCGCCAAACGAGCCCGACAGGUCGCCCCACUGCGCUGAGAGACGGGCAUUUGCACUUAAUGAAGUCAUCAUAUCCUCUCACUCUUACCCUGAAUCCAGGGCUCACCGUUUUCAUAAAGCAAUCAGACAGAAGCCAUAUCCGCAGCGUGCUGUGUGGUUGGGUCGCGGAGGUUUUUAAAGCGGCUCCGUCCGCCGAGCUGCUUUAAUGACAAGACGGUGUGAGGCGUUGAGGAAAAGCAGGCAGGGAGAUGCUGCUACCUACGUUCAAGACGAUCGGGCUCUGUCUUUAAAAACACAUAAGCGUAGGAAACCUCUCGUACAGAACAUUUGUUGAUACACGAUCGAUCAUCAAUCGAACUACUGAUUUACCCGGUACACCAAAACAGGUUUGGCAGCAUGGCUUUGUUCAUUGUUUGAAGAAUCUGUUUUAUAAUUACUGUCUUUAAAUAAAAGAUUUCCCCCCCCUUUUUUUUUUUGAAUAUCAGUUUUACCAAAUAUGUGUACUUUGACAUAUGUGAAGUACCUAAUUUACAAGCACUCCUGUCGGAUACAACAAAUAUGAUUGGAUCUAGUGUUUGACCCCAGAAGUGGUCUUUAUUUAUUUUUUUUUUUAUGUUGUCUUCUGCGAAUGUGUGCAAGGGUCUUGUGCUGUAUGUGCACCGCUGCAUUUGCCUUAGCUGUUGUCUCUCAUCCGAGGCCUUGCCAGUCUGUGGAGGGAUUAAGCGCUCGUCAUCCGUCAAGACUGGAGUCAUGUUACCUGCGUUGGGUGUCGGUAUGUUCUCUGCUUUUAUGUAACUAAUUCUCUCUGACACGAUGAGAUAAAGUUGAGCUUUGGAUACGUAGCAAUCUGUUGUGUCACCAGGGAAAAAGGUUCCAGUGGAAAAGGAAAAAAAAAACUGAGAGGAGUUUAUUUUUGUGCAGACAUGACGCAUUGCUGUAACUUUAUCACACCCAGCUCUGCUUGCAUGGCAAAUGGCCGGCGGCCUCGUGAACAGUGAUUCAGCAGUUUCUGGAGACACGAGGAGUGGCUUUCAGUCUGGAUUGUAAACACUGUUUAUUACAAUGUUUUAACAUGUUUUUGUAGGAUGGAAAGUGAGAUUGACACUACAGAGCUGCGAUCUGCUCCCUGUUUAUUUUCUAUGUUGGACUUUUCUGUUGUUCUGUUUCUUUUGGCACAAAAAUGUGACCUGUUGGAAAAUGUUCGUUUUUUUUCCACAAUGUAUGCUAAAAAAAUAAUAAUAAUAAAAGACUGUUUGGAACUGGA